AUGCAGGAGGCUCGAAAAGAGCUGCCCGACGUGGUUGUCGUGGCCUCCACGCCGGUGACCGAUACGCCGGUGACCGACACCCCGGUCACCACUCUGCCUGUCUCCUCGCCCCAGGCCAAGCCUGAGGUCGUCGAAAGCAAGCCGGCCAAAGCAGCGCCGGCGAAGGAUCAGAAAGAGCCCCUUGAUGUGACGGUCGUGACGUCUACUCCAGUGACGACCACGCCAAUUAGCAGUGCUCCAGCGGCGCCGGCUUUUGCCAAGCCCGAGGUGAAGACCGUUCCGUUGGGGACGCACAAGGUGCCUAUACAGUCGUCGGUGGCAGCGGCCAAGCGCCCCGGACCCCGAGCUCUACCACAGCCGAAAUCGGUUCCGGUAUCGGAGCUAAAGGUCACGGCCGCCUCUCCACCUGCCAAGGCGGAGGCAAAGUUGUCGGCUCCUGCUGCCAAGGCUCCUACCGCCCGUCGGCGCUUGGAGGAUCCUGGCCAGGCACCGCCGAAGCGGAUCUUCGACUGGAGCCUGCUGGCCAAGAUCGACUCGCUCUUGCUGGGGGCAGAGUCCAGCUUUUUCCUACACCGCCGAGACGAUGGCCUUCGGCUUCCGGGAUACGAGCCGGAGAACCUCGAAAGUAGCGGAUCUGAAGAAGAUGAGGAGGAAGCAUGUGAGAGCGACGAGUCCGAGGAGUCAGACACCGCAAAGAUUCUGGCAGCGCCAGGACCGACAGAUGCGGACUUGCAAGACGAAGAAGAGGAGGAGUUUGAGGAGGAAGAGGAGGAAGAGCUAGAGGAAGAUGAUGUUGUGGAGGAGGUGGACAAAAACGAUGCCAUGGCUGCCGUGGUUGCUACCACCCGGCCGAAGGCCAAGAUGCCGCCCCCGCCACCAAGCCGAGAGGUGUCCGAGCCGAAGGCUCCGGCACUGUCCACCAGGGCCAAGCCGCCACCACUUCCCCGGGAGCGCCGGCCGAAGCUGGGUGAGCGGCGGGAUCAGGAGCUGGAGGAGCCGCCAGCUGCUGCUCCCGAAGUGGAGUCCAAGGCAGAGGAGGAGGAGGCUGCGCAUGAGGAGGAUGAGGAUUUCAACGAUGAGGAGAUGAUGGCCACGUUUGCUGCGAAGCUCCAG